CACACACACACACACACACACACGCACUGCCAAAAUGUUUGCGGCAGUAAUAAAACGCACGCGUGUCUCUCUCUCUCUCUGCGCUGGUUGCUGCUUGAUCGUAUCACGAGUCAUGUUCGGUAAAAUUUAUUCGGCCAUUUCAUACAUACGAACUUGCAUUUUUUGCUAUUUUCGGCCGAACAUUCGGUGCAUCCCUAACUUUAAUAUUCACAUGUUAUGCCUACAGUACAUUGUUCAUGUAUUGCUUUUUAUAUUUGUAUAGCCUAUAUAUUUUUUCAUAGCUUACCUUUAAGGAACAGUUUAAAUGAUUAACUACUACUGCCAUGAUAUUGUCAAGUUUGAAUGCCACAUAUUAUAAAACGUGAAAUAAACUUGUUGGGGAUCAUAAUCCCCAGAUGAAACCUCUUCCUCUGACCGUGCCGUUGUGCACGUAGCCUACCCAAACUCUGCCCUUAAGUUCCGCCCUAUAAUCAUAAACAGACAAAAAUCUAACGAAAUAAUGUGCUCUUAUAAUACAAUAAAAAUCAAACGCACACUAUGUAUUUAUCUACAAAUGGGCCAGCCAAAUAGAAAAAACUUUUCCGUUAUACUUUAUUGAAUUAAACUGAUGCAAGUUAGUACUGUAGUUUAUAAAGUUUGUGUCAAGAUGACUUGACUUAAUAGCGGUGUGUAAAUGAUUUACCAAGGUUUUGUCACAAAACCUUGUUUUGUUUUACGUUUCUGACCCACUUAAAUUUGUUGUUAACUGUCUGGCAAGCUCGUCUACUCCGUUCCACUCGAGAAAAAGUGCACACGUGGAAAAGACGCCAACAUGAGGGACAUGCAACCUAACGAAUCAAAUUUACCAUCAAUGACGUCCACGCACUCGCACGAGCCAAUCGUUUAUUAGGGGGGGAGGUUCUAGUUAAAAGACGCUCUGGAAAGAUAAACCCUCUAAAUCUGGCGGCGAAACAGCUGGAAAAGUGGAAGAAGUUGUUGGGAAUUCUAGAUCAAAAUGGUCAAAAGACAUUAAUUGUUUCGCAUUCGGAGCCACGUGACGAUGUUUGAGCGAAUUUGAUGAUUAUCUGUAACGUUAACUGUUAUAGAACCAGAUGUAGCCUACUCGAGAGAAAACAUCGACUUUGAGAUUUCAUCUUUUUUCCAAGAAAAUCCCAAAUAUUUGGUUAGUCUCCAAGGCCAUUUAAGAAAUCAUGGGAAGUUUUAAAGGCCAUGCAUUACCUGGAAGUUUCUUCCUAAUAACUGGUUUGUGGUGGGCCGGAAAGCAGUCAUUUCUGUACGCUGCCCGCAAGAACAAAAGUGCUGGUGCAGGAAGGCUUGCAACCAGAGCUACCCAACAGCGCAUAGAAAUCUUAGAAGGAGCAGUCAUUUUGUCAUUUUCUAUUAUUGGCAUGCUGGCAGAACAGUUUUUGGCAGGUGGGCCUAAGUUUCAUCUGUAUGAUUCUUCCUCUCAGCGCUGGGAGCAGCUCAUGAACUGGCAGCACACCACCAUGUACCUGUUCUUUGCUAUCUCAGGGGCCAUAUCGCUCACCGUCCACAGCACAGAUAUUGCCCCACUGGCAUUAGACCGUAUGCUUCUGGGUCUUGCUUUCUUUAAUGAGGGAUUCCUCUUUCUUUAUCAUUUGCAUGGAAGAGACAUGCUUGACAUCCUCGUUCACACCCUUCUACUCUAUGCCGUCUUUGGACAAGCUCUUAUCUGCUUUCUGGAGGUUUUCCACAGGGGGAAUAUACUGCUAGAAUUGCUAAGAGCCACUCUUACCAUACUGCAGGGCAGCUGGUUCUGGCAGGUUGGCUAUGUGUUAUACCCCCCCAGUGAAGUGAAAUGGGAUCUGAAAGACCAUGACAAUGCUAUGUUCGUAACACUAUGCUAUUGCUGGCAUCUAGCAUUUGCAUUGCUCAUUGUUUCUGUAUUGUACUGCUCUGUUCUCGGGUGA